AUGCCAUCCAGAAAAGCAUUCCAUGCUGGGUCUUGGUACUCGGACAGUAGCCGGACGCUGACUCGCCAGCUGGAUGGGUGGCUGGCACAGGUGCCGGGUUCUUUGGACAAAGUGGGCUCGCUCCCAGUCCCCGGGGCGAGAGUGAUUAUUGCACCACACGCCGGUUAUGCCUACUCCGGGCCCUGCGCCGGUUUUGCAUAUAAGGCUCUUGACUUAUCCCAGGCGAAGCGUAUCUUCAUCUUGGGCCCUUCGCACCACGAACCGCUCUCGACGCUGGCUCUCCCGCAAGUCACGUCCUACUAUACCCCGCUGGAUAAGGACCCUCUCCCUCUCGACACGGAGCUAAUCUCACAGCUUCUUACCAUGCAGGCGACUACAUCAAAUGGAUCGAGACUCCGAUUCACUACGAUGACCCAGUACGUUGAUGAAGAGGAGCACAGUAUCGAAAUGCAUCUGCCCUACAUUCAUCGCCUGCUCCAGCUACAAUUCCCAGACCGACCAGUCGCGGAAUAUCCGCCACUGGUACCUAUCAUGGUCGGCAGUACAUCCGCCUCCACAGAGCAUGCCUUUGGAGGGUUGCUGGCACCGUAUCUGGCAGAUCCAUCCAAUGCCUUCGUCAUCAGCUCCGACUUCUGCCACUGGGGUCUCCGGUUCCGCUAUACGUAUUAUGUCCCGCAGACACCUACGCCAGGACACCAGUUACCACUGUCCAGUGAUACCCUCCCACAGCCAGGCCAAGACCCCGAUGCUGUCAAGAAAAGCAUUCAGAUGGUCUGCGCCGGGCAUCAUCUACAGCGACGGGAUCGAAUCUCAAGCAACGAGCCCGCCAUUCAUGAAAGUAUAUCUGCCUUUGACAUUGCCACGAUGAGUGCCAUAACGACUGGGUCGGCAAAGACCUUCUUAGACACCAUAGAAAGUACGGGUAACACGGUCUGCGGUCGGCAUCCGAUUGGGGUGAUCAUGGCGGCAUUGGAAGUGGCGACGGCCGAUAUACCAGCCGAUCAGAAGGGCCAGUUUCAUUUUCUGCGGUACGAGCGCAGUUCUGAUGCUGUGGAUGUAAUGGAUAGCUCGGUCAGCUAUGUAUCCGCAUAUGCUGUACUCUAG